AUGAAAUCGAUGUAUCAAGUGAACAACUACGAGGACCAUUUUAUGUAUCCUAAAAACAAUGUCAGUAGGAUAAUCAAAACAAAUGAUGAAAAAAAGGAAUAUAGAAUUAGCUUAAAUAACAUAAGAAAAAUGGAGGAAUCAUAUAGAGAUGCAAAAAAAAAUGGUAAGUAUGAAUAUUUAGAUGCUAGUCAUUUGGAAAUGUUAGACUUAAACAAAAAUAUCCAGAACAUAUUGCCAAAACCAGUAAAACCAACUUUAAAUUUGGAAAGUUUAUGUAAACAAACCAGUGCUAUUUUAAGGCACAAUAAAAGCAUGAUUGGAGGCAUGAAGAUUGGCGAACAACAACUGCAGCAGCAACAGCAGCAACAGCAGCAACAGCAACAACAGCAGCAACAGCAACAACAGCAACAACAGCAAAAUAUAAAACGUAUUUACGAAUUAGGACUUCCUCAAGUCAUUGGUACAUACAUUCAACCAUUAAAUAAAAAGCAAGAUGAUAGUUCAAAAAGAGGUAAUUUAGAAAAAGACUCUUUCUCUUUAGCAUCGGCAUCUCCUUUUUUCCAUCCUCCUAAUUUUUCUACGAAAUUAAUUCAUGCACCUAACAAAUUUGUACCCUUAAAUAUAAAUAAUAAAAGCACAAACGUAUAUGGAUUGCCAUCCUAUCUAAUUCCUGAAGAUAAACCCCAGAACCUAACUGUUACAGUUGUACCUAAUAAAGAUAAAUAUAUUCUAGAAAAGGAGGCAAAACAUCUAAAGACAUUAUUAGAUAACUCAUCUCAAGGAAUUGUUAAUUCAACACCUGAUUAUCAAAAAAUUAUUUCUCCCUCUAGAUUAUCUAAUAGUAAGAAUAAGGAAAACAACAACGAUUUUGGAAACAGUCAUAAUAACAUCAACCAUAAUAAUGAAAUAGAAAGUAACUUCAGUUUUGGGAAAAACGAAACCUUGGAAAACACGCGAGAGGAGUAUAAUUAUGAAAAUAAUACAGAAAAUGACGUUGACUAUUUUGUUAAUGAAUUUCAUGACUCCAAUAAUUAUAGGUCUUCUCAAAAAAUGAACGAAUUGAUUAUGAAUGAUUCAUUUGGUACCCAUGAACAUGUGUCAUGUCAUUUAAAAUCCAGUAAACAGUUGGAUAAGGCUAGAAAUAAUAAACUUAUCCAAAAAAGAAAAAAUGGUAUCAACGCAUUUAAUGAAUUGAAUAAAGAGGAAUGUGACAGAGGGGAACAUAUCUCGGAUGAACAUGACAUGGAUAUACGUGGCACGGAUGAAGAUAGCCCGAAUGUACAUGACACAGAUGAAGGUAAAGAUCAUAAUAAAAACGUGUCAUCUGCAAAAAGAACCCAAUUAACAAAAAAAAAAGAAUAUAAUCCUUUAUUAAAAAAACUUGAACCAUUAACAUGCUUUAAAAAUCCGAAAACAUAUAUUAAUAUACGUUUAGGAAAACCUAAAAAGUUUUAUAUUACUCACAGCUCUGAUCCUAUAGAUAAAAAAUUACGAGACUGGCACAACACACACAAUAGCCAAAUAGCAUGGAACAAAAAUAGAAGAGGUGUUUACACUUUUGGAAAGACAGAAGUUGCUUUAAGUUUAGUUCACGAUAAAAUUAUAGUUAAAAGAAUUAAUGGGAAAGAGGUUAAAGAUAAUUUAUUAACCGUUGAAAAAUUUGUCUCACUAAAUGAAUUAUUCGAACUUCAGCAAGAACAGAAUGAUAUACUACUAAAAAAAAUGGAAAAUAGAACUGUAGCUUUUUAA